AUGGGACUUCAGCCUUGGAAGGGGGAGGAUGACGAUGAUAUGCAUCACCAUCGUGUACAGUUCUACGUAUCGGUUCCAUACCGACAUGCUGCAGAAGACGAUGCAGAAGACGCUGCAGAAGGAGGAGAAGAAGAAGAAGGAGAAGAAGAAGAAGCAGAAGAAGAACCAAAAAAAGAAGAAGAAGAAAACCAGAAUAAACAAGGUUUGAAACUUGGCACAAAACAAGGCCCCGUAUCCCACUGA